CCAGAGCACUCUACCGUCAACUGUAUGGUUGUUAGUCAUCCUCUGGCAGUACAAGAGAACAGUUUUUGACGUCAGUAGAAAGUUUGUCGAGUGUUUUUCGCCUUGUGAAAGAUGGAAAACCAAAAGAUGCAUUUGCGUCAUGUGAUGUUUUACUGCUUUAAAAAAGGCAGUACGUUUGAAAAUACUGCAAAGAAGAUUUGUGACGUUUAUGGGGGCCAGUCUAUAACUGUUCAAACAGUCCGUAAUUGGUUUAGAAGGUUUAGAGCCGGAAAUUUUAACCUUAAAGAUAAAGAUCGCAGCUGCCGUCCAUCCACCACUGAUACUGACCUUAUCAAGGCCUACCUCGAUGAAAACCCAAGAUCUAGUGUUCGUGAGAUAGCAAAUGCUUCAAACAUCCCGCGAACAACGGUUCAUGAACAUUUGACAAAGCUUGGAUACGUUAAACGCUACGAAGUGUGGGUCCCUCAUCAACUGACGGAAAGCAAUCUUCUGAACCGAAUCUCAACAUGCGAUUUACUCAUCCAACGUGACAAAAGAGAGCCGUUUUUGAAAAGUUUGAUUACUGGGGAUGAAAAUCUUGGUCGAGUCGAAAUAAGAGUUCUUUAACGGUAGCAAAUGCUGGACUUCACCCGAAGAAAAUAUUGCUUUCAAUUUGGUGGGACUGGAAGGGUGUUCUUUACUACGAGUUACUUCCGCAAGGGCAAACGAUUAACAGUGAGAAAUAUUGCACCCAACUCGAAAAACUGAAAGAGGCUAUCAUUGCAAAACGUCCAGAAUUGGUGAAUAGACGUGGCGUCGUGUUCCAUCACGACAACGCGGGGCCACACGUUUCUUUACCUGUGCGAACAAAACUUUUAGAGCUUGAUUGGGAUGUUCUACCGCAUCCUCCACACUCUCC